AUGUCAGUGCUCCAGUUUGUGUUUCUGAUGAUCCUGGCGGGCAGCAGAAGUGGUGCUGUGGAGUCCGAGGGUGAUCCCGAUCUGGAUGUAGAAUCCUCCGGUCCGGAACCUAUCGACGGGCGUUCGUUCUUCUUUCUGGGAACUCUGUUCCGUCGCUGGCGCAAUCGCUGGAUGGCCUAUCAUAAUCCGGAUCCGCUGUUUGCCGGUCCCGCCUAUCCCAUAUCCGGCUAUUAUAAUUGCCCCAUUUACGGCUGCAACCCAGCGGCCAUUGGACCGCAGCCUGGCUACUACACCGCUCCUGGGGGUUUUUACACCACGCCCCUGAAUCAGCAGCAGGCUCAGGGAAACAGCAAUGUGUAUAUUUACCAGAGCGAUCAGAACUCUGCUUCAGCCGGGGCUCCCUUGGGCUAUGGUUACUUUGGCGGUGGAUCGCCACUACGACCUGGAGCGCCCCUGCCUCCGCCACCUUCUGGCAUCUUGCCGCCUUCAACAAUGGGCGCCGCAUCGGCCAGCGCCACUGGAUAUAACCUCGGACCGUCUGGACCUUCCGCGGGAGCAGGACAACGUCCAGUACCUUUACCAAUACCGUUACCACAGCUGGGAUGA